AUGGGAGAUCAGAUCCUAAAUAUAAUUUUCAAGGUAGUGAAGUUGAAUGUAUGUGGGAAAGUGAACAACAGGGAGCUUUAUGCUAUCGCUCAGGCCGAUUCUCUUCGUUACAAGCUGCUCAGUGGUUUUGCUGUUAGAACGACGUGCUAUAAUAUGCUAAUGUUUCUCAUGGGAAGUGGUUCCAAGGGAUGCAAUGUUAUUUUUAGUAGAGAGCAAAGGACACAGAGUACUAAAUCUAUGAAGUUUAUGGACGGUUACAUGAUCUCUUCUGGCCAGCCAAUGUACAAGAACUUUGACUUUGCUGCAAGGCAUAUCCUCUUGAGGCAGGGUGUUCUUGGUAUCAAGGUCAAGAUCAAGCUCGGUUGGGAUCCCAAGGGGAAGGUGUUUAACAAUGAAGAGUCUGAAAGCUUGAAAAGUGUAAAGAGCAUGUACUUCACCAAGCAACUGCUCAUGUUGGGUUUGCUGCUACUGAAGGACAGUGAAGAAGUAAGGAAGAAGCUAUUGUUGCAUAUUCAAGAAGCUGCUCCUGCACAAUUGGAGUUGCUACUACAAAAGUGGAGAAGGUGUUUAUGUGAAAUCGAAGUUGCUGUUACACAUAGAAGUUACCGAAAAUUGAAACUGCUUCCAUGGGGUGAACUGAAAUGUGUAGCAGGCUUCAGUUCAGGGGAGGAUAUGUUGGAAGGAUCAAAGUUGUUGUACUGCUAUUGUUGGGCUGUGUGA